AUGUCGGUCGCCGAACUCAAAGCCAAGGGCAACGCUGCCUUUGCCGCCAAGGACUACCAAGGUGCCAUCCAGAACUACAACGACGCCAUCGCUGCAGCAACUUCGCCCGAAGACAACGUUCACGUUCUCUACUCGAACCGCUCCGCAUGCUACGCCGGUCUCCGCGACUGGGACAGUGCGCUCAACGAUGCAGACGCUUGCAUCAAGGCGAACCCUUCCUUCGCCAAAGGCUACGGCCGUAAAGGCGCUGCCCUUCACGGUGCAAGAAGGCUCGAGGAGGCCGUCGAUGCCUACGAUGCCGGGCUCAAGAUUGCUCCCGAGGAUGCUGGUCUCAACAAGGGUCUCGCCGAUGUGAAGCGCGCAGUCGAGAACGAAGCCGCCAACGGUCCUGGUCCCGAAGCUUCCCUCGGCCAGAUGUUCAACGAUCCCCAGCUGUUCGCAAAGCUGAGCGCCAACCCAAAGACCGCUAAGUUGCUCUCGGACCCCGCCUUUAUGGCCAAGCUCAAAUCCAUCCAGGCCAACCCCAAGGAGGCCAGCAUGGCUUUCCAGGACCCACGCAUGAUCCAAGUCAUGGGUGUGCUCAUGGGCAUCGACCUCCAGGCUUUCGAACGUCCCGAAGGCUCCGACGAGCUCCCCGCCGACCUCGAGAACCGUCGCGAAGACAUCCAGAGCCAGACCGGCGCAUCUUCCUCCUCCGCCGAGCCACAGCCUUCCGCCGCCGCCGCCGCCGCUGCCCCUGAAGUCGAGAUGAAGGACGCCCAGCCCUCUUCCUCGUCUGCGCCUGUCGAGGAAGAAGAGGAUGAAGACAAGAAAGCCAAAGCAGCAGCCGACGCCGAAAAGAAGCUCGGCAACGAACGCUACAUGAAGCGCGACUUUGACGCUGCCAUCCCACACUACCAAAAAGCGUGGGAUCUCCACAAAGACAUCACCUACCUCAACAAUCUCGGCGCGUGCUACUUCGAACAGGGCAAGUACGACGAGUGCAUCAAGGCGUGCGAACAGGCCAUCGAAGAGGGCCGUUCCAUGCGAGCCGACUUCAAACUGGUCGCCAAAGCCUACGGACGCAUCGGUUCCGCCUACUCCAAGCAGGACAAGCUGGACCUCGCCAUCAACAACUUUGAGAAGUCGCUUACCGAACACCGUACGCCUGAUAUCCUCGCCAAGCUCCGCGACACGGAAAAGCUGCAAAAGGAACGCACUCGACAGGCCUACAUCGACCCGGCCAAGGCCGAGUCGGAGCGAACGCGUGGCAACGAGCUGUACAAGAACGGCGAUUUCCCCGGUGCGGUGGCUGCUUUCACCGAAGCCAUCAAACGCGAUCCUAGCGAUCCAAGGGGUUACAGCAACCGUGCUUCCGCCUACACCAAGCUCGCCGCUCUGCCAGAAGCACUCAAGGACAGCGAAGAAGCCAUCAAGGUCGAUCCCAAAUUCGUCAAGGGUUACGUGAGGAAGGCUAACGUGCUGUACAGUAUGAAGGAGUUCACAAAGGCUAUGGAGGCGUGUCAGAAGGCCGAGACGGUGGAUGCGGCGCAGGAGGGAGGUGCGAAGAACGCGAGGGAGAUCCAGGCGUUGAUGAGCAAGUGCAUGAACGAGCUGUACUCGCAGAGGAGCGGAGAGAGCGAGGAGGAGACACUGCAGAGGGCGAUGCGCGAUCCAGAGGUUGCGCAGAUCAUGCAGGAUCCCGUCAUGCAGAGCAUCUUGCAGCAGGCGCAGGGAAACCCCGCUGCGCUGCAGGAGCAUAUGAAGAGCCCGAUCAUCAGAGAGAAGGUUCAGAAGCUCAUUGCUGCAGGUAUCAUUCGUACCCGUUAA